AUGGAGUGUUACUACAUUGUCAUCAGCUCCGCGCACCUCAGCAACGGACACUUUCGCAACAUCAAGGGAGUUUUCCGGGGCCCUCUCAGCAAGAACGGGAACAAAACUCUGGACUAUGCUGAGAAGGAGAAUACAAUAGCGAAAGCUUUGGAAGAUCUGAAGGCCAAUUUUUACUGCGAACUCUGUGACAAGCAGUACUAUAAGCAUCAGGAGUUUGACAAUCACAUUAAUUCAUAUGACCAUGCUCACAAGCAGAGGCUUAAAGAACUGAAACAAAGGGAAUUUGCUCGAAAUGUAGCAUCUAAAUCCAGAAAAGAUGAAAGAAAACAGGAAAAGGCACUACAACGCCUACACAAGCUAGCAGAGCUAAGAAAAGAAUCUGUGUGUGCUCCUGGAAGUGGUCCCAUGUUCAAAUCAACAACUGUUACUGUGAGAGAAAAUUGUAAUGAAAUUUCCCAAAAAGUUGUUGUAGAUUCAAUAAAUAACCAAGAUUUCAAAUAUACUUUGAUUCAUAGUGAAGAGAAUAUGAAAGAUGGUGCCACUGUUGCUCCAGACGCAGAAAACACAAAUAAUUAUAUAGAAAAAAACAACCAAGUUGAAGACCAAGUCCAGGGAAUUCACAGGAACAAAACUGGCUUUUCUUUUGCAUUUCCAAAGAAAGCAUCGCUGAAGCUAGAGUCCUCAGCUGCGGCCUUCUCUGAGUACAAUGAUGAUGCCUCUAUGGAAAAAGAAUUUAGCAGAAAAAGUAGGUUUCUUCCUGGUGCUUGUCACCUUCAACCGUCUUCACCAGCAAAUGUGCUUUUGAGCUCUGAGGGGAAGGCUGAAGCUUUAAAUCCUCCAGAUGCAAUAUGUGUUGACAAAGAAAUUGCUCAAACUCCAGAGAUGAAAGAGCUCCCUGCUGAAAAAGAUCCACUGCUGUUACAUUCAUUGUGCCAGCUUCAACUCCCUCUAUCUUCCAAUGCAGAUAAUUGCCAAAAGUCAGUCCCAUCAGCAGAUCCAAUACCACUGGAGGACAUUUUUUUUAUAAAUGAAGAUGUGCCUAUGAAUUAUAAAAGUUCUGAGAUUUUAGGACAUAAAUCUGCAAUGCUUGAUCUAUCUAGUGAUUGCAUAACUGUACAGUCUGUCACAGAAGAAAAUAUUAAACAUAAUGUUGUAUCUACAGUUGAAGUUGAAAAUAAAAAUGGCUCUGAGGCACUGACCACUUCAAAUAUUAAAGAGGGUAACCAAAACAGGCAUAAGACAGCAGAUUUCCAUAAAAGACAAUCUGAACCAUUUGUACCUGUACUUAACAAACGUGGUUCAACAAUUCUUCAGUGGCCAACAGAAAUGCUGGUCUAUACAACUACAGAACCAUCAAUUUCCUAUAGUUGUAAUCCUCUCUGUUUUGAUUUCAAGUCCAGUAAAUUAAAUAAUAAUACAGAAAAAAAUAAGGUGUCCUUAAGUCAUCUGUAUUCUCAACAGAAGGAAGAAGAUGUUUGCAAGACAUCGGCUUCAGAUUACAAGGAUCCAUCUAUUGUAGACGUCUCUAAUUGUGACCCUGGAAGUAGCAGAAAUGAGUACACGCAAAUCACUCCUCUUUUGACUGAUGAUUCUCUCUCUAACAGUUGCAAAUCUGAAAAAAGUGACAAUAUGGGACAGAGAUAUAAAAAUAGAUCCUGUAGAAUCAGGAAAACUGAAAAAUUUAAUUUUAAUAAAAACUCAAUGAAGCAAGACAAACUGAAUGAGAAAUACAAUAAAAUAAAGUUGAAAGAUAAUCAUCGACACUGGUUCCAUAAAAGCAGAAGAAAGAAAAAGAGAAGAAAAUUUUGUCAGCAUCAUCAUGGGGAGAAAACCAAAGAAUCAGAAACUCAUUGCAUAAUGGAAACAGAGAAUAGUUAUAGUGAUUCAGCUAGGAAAAAUCUACUGGAACACACUUCAGAAAAGAAGAAUUUAGCUGCAGAACAAUUAUUAGAUUUGCAUCUCUUGCCUGAUGAAGAACCUGUCACAUCACUCAUAUACUUAAGUGAAAAUGAAGCAACAUGUAAAACUGGGAAUACUGAAUGCAAUGAUAGUGAGUCUGUCAGUUCUAGGAAACACUCUGAAAAGAACACAGUAGUUCCAAAUGGACAGUCAGAUCCCACACUAAUGCAUUCUAGCGACCCCAAUUUAACAUACUCCAGAACUUACUGUUGUUGGAAAGCAAAAAGGACAAGGUACAGUCAGAAUGACAGGUGCUUGGUUCUUCAAAACGACAUGAAAUGCAUAAGUCAGAAUCAGGCUGUGAAAAGAGGAUACAAUUCUCUCACAAAUGAAUCAGAACGAUUCUACCGAAAACGUAGACAACAUUCAUAUUCUUAUUCUUCGGAUGAAAGUUUAAACCAACAGAAUUGCUUAUCAGAAGAAUCUCUGAGGCCACCAAGUACUUCCAUUAUUUCUUGCAAGCCUAAAAAGAAAAGAAGGAGAAAAAGAAGCAAAUUUCGCCCUAGGUUUGAAACCUUGGAAAUCAAAGGAAAUACAAAUUUUCCUGUGAAGGAUGGAUUAGUAAGUGGAGAGAAAAAGGAAGAAAUAGUACCAGAAGAAGUUGCAAGUAUUGAAAGGAACUUAGAACAAACAGAUCAAGUAACUAACAAACUGGAUUUGUACCCUUGUCAUCCUCUUCAUCCUGAAACCAGUGGUGUUGCUGAGCAAUCAGUAAUGGAGACCUCUUCAGGUGAUUUGUCAGAGAUUUCUAAGGAACCCACUACAUCCACAUAUGUGACUUGUGCCCCAACAAAAGAAGCAAUCAACAAUACCUUGCUUGGCCACAAAGAAGAAAGUGAGAUUACAAAAAUUAAUGAAAAGCGCAUUCCUCUCAAGGUGCCUAAUACUGAAAAUAACUUUAGACAGUCACAGCCCAAGUCAUACCUUUGCCACUAUGAACUGGCUGAGGCCCUUCCACAAGGGAAGGUGAACGAGGCAUCCCCCGAGUGGCUGCGUUAUAAUUCAACACUCCUCAACACACAACCACCAUUACCAUUCAAGGAAGCACAUGUCAGUGGUCAUAGCUUUGUAACAACUGAGCAGAUUUUGACUCCAAUAGCUUUACCAGAACAAGCAGUUUUGAUCCCAAUAGAAAACCAUGACAAAUUCAAAAGUUUACCAUGUGAGGUUUACCAGCACAUUCUCCAACCGAAUGCGUUGACCAACAAGAUCAAACUUACCUUUCCUCCAGCUGCCCGUCCACCCCCUGGUACACCUCUGCAGCCUUUGCCUUUGCAGCAACCCUUAUGUUCUACCUCUGUAACCACAAUCCAUCACACUGUUUUGCAGCAGCACGCUGCUGCUGCAGCAGCGGCAGCAGCAGCUGCUGCUGCAGGAACCUUCAAAGUGCUUCAGCCACAUCAACAGUUUCUCACCUUACCUCAGAUCUCAGUAGGACCAGUAGGACACAGGCUUUGCCCUGGUAACCAGCCAACUUUUGUUGCUCCUCCUCAAAUGCCAAUCAUUCCAGCUUCUGUUCUUCAUCCUAGCCACCUGGCUUUCCCACCUCUACCCCAUAGUCUCUUUCCUGCACUGCUUUCCCCACACCCUACUGUCAUCCCUCUGCAGCCCCUCUUCUAG